GCAGCAUAGAAGCACUAGCUUCCACUGGGUGAAGUAGUAGUUCCUUCCCAACGCCGCCGCCGUUGUCGGCCUGUUGUGCACGGCUGCAGCCGAACGAGUGCGCUCCGUCCUCCUUCCUCGAACCGCAUCUUCCUCCGGCGCGUCUCUUGCCUCCCGUCUUCUCGGACAGCUUCGUCGCGUGGUGCUGCAGCAAUGACAUCGUUGGUGGAAAAGGCUUUCUCCUCGUACCAGUCUGUGGUGGCCAGCACCGACCCCCGGGUUAAGGGCUGGCCGCUCAUGGGCAGCCCGAUGACCAUGCUGUCCAUCAUCGCCGGCUACAUCUACUUCGUCAAGGUGUGGGGCCCCAAUUGGAUGAAAGGCCGCGAGCCGUUCCAGAUCAAGACUGUCCUGGUCGCCUACAACCUCAUCAUGGUGGUGCUUAGCACUCUUUUCUUCGUUCUGGGCGGCUCCUACACGUACCUGGGACCAUACAACUGGUUGUGCCAACCUGUCAGUUACGGAACGGAUCCGGACUCGAUGGCCGUCACGACCCUGGGCUGGUGGUACCUGCUGAUCAAGAUGGUCGAGUUCCUGGACACCGUCUUCUUCGUGCUCACCAAGAAGUUCUCGCACAUCUCGCUGCUGCACGUGGUGCACCACUCGACCGUCGCCUGGACCGUGUGGAUGGGCGUCAACUUCGGAGCCGGUGGCCAGAACGCCUUCUUCCCAUUCAUCAACUGCUUCGUGCACAUUGUGAUGUACACCUACUAUUGCCUGGCUGCCAUGGGUCCCGAGGUGCGCAAGUACCUGUGGUGGAAGCGUUACCUCACCCAGUUCCAGAUGGUCCAGUUCGUUGUCGGCUUCGUGCACGCCGCCAUUCCAGUCUUCUACGACUGUGGCUUCCCUCCAUACUUCGCGUACAUCCUCAUGGGUGAGGCCGUCAUGCUCUUCUUCAUGUUCCGUAACUUCUACAACAAGGCUUACAAGGCUUCUCAGACGGCGCGCAGCCUGCAGCAGCGAAACGGUCACGUCAAGACAGCCGUCACGACGGGUGCCGACGGCACGCAAUCUAAGCUGGACUGAGUGCGCAACUGGCGUUGGACCACGGGCUCGUUCCUCACGUGACGGGUCCAUGACAACGCCGGCCCCCUCUCGACGCCUGGUGGGCACAUCUUCGUCAAACCCAGGACAACGAAGCGACGCAGAGCUGUCACAAAGACUGUACGUUAUUUUCUCUCGGCGCCGCCUCGGAAUAAGCCUAGUCAGCAAGCGACGUGCCUUCAGGACGCCCUCAUCCACUAGUCGCUAGACAGCCCGUCUAGCGGCGAAGACCUCGGAGACUUCCAGUGAUGCCUCAAGUGCUUCUGGACGUUCCCGGCAAGUCUCGGCAUUCCAGUCAGGACUGAUCGUUUGCUGUUUUUUCUCUUCUUUCGUUUGUUUCACGUAGUGAUUCAGCGGUUACCCUCACUAGCAUGUCACUGUCGGGGCAGUCGGCGUCUCUCGUUACUUCAGGCCGCUGAGUCUGCCGUUAACUCGUAUUUAUGUUUCCCCUGUUUAUGGCAGACUUCCCGGCUAGCUGAUUCGGUAGGAGUGCCCUCCCGUAUUGUUCUUGUAAAGACAAAACUCGUCCGGCCUCCCACGUAUCUCGGAUAACGUGACCGUACCUCCGUUCUUUUUUUUUUUUUUUUCGAUACCCUUACCUUCAAAGAGAUGCUGCUCAAUCUUGUGACGAGGCCAAACUACUCACGUAUAGCUUGAGACGUUGCCCCCUAUAGUUCCCAUGUUCUAAGACGAAACCAGCAUAGCCAGCUUCGUCUCACCAGCGAAGCUGCGUUCUCGUAUGCUAGUUUCCAUUGCCAUUCACUUUGUCCUCCAGGGCGGUACAAAAGCUUUGUUUUUUUCGUGCAGUUAAAAUUUGAUCAGUUUUUCGCCCUUAAACUCAAACCACAAAGUGACUGCUCAUUGCUUCAUUUAAGCAACCAAAUCCCCUCCGAACGUCCUGUAAAUAUUGUCCCAUCGUUGCUCAUCGUCAUCUUCCGUCGAUGUAUUUGCAAGCUGCAACUGUUUGAAAUAAACUGCUGUAUCGUUGUUA